AUGGCCCAGGUCGGUUCUUUUUAUAAUUAUAACCCCACCACUAACUGUGGUCAGUGGGAGCGGCUUGAGCACGAACUUUGCCGGCAAACGGAGUCGCACAAUGGCAGCACGGAGCGGGCUGAUAUUAAUGGCACAGCACGAGGCGUGAGCUCCCAGUCACCGGUUCAAGGCACGUGGUCACGGCAUGUGCCAUGGCAGGCGUGGCAGGAUGACUAUGCGAGCAUUGGCAGGCUUCAGGCACAAUUGGGGGAUGUCUUGGAAAAGGUGAAGCGUUAUGAAGAAUAUAUCGAGGAGGUGCAACGUGGAGUGGACGAGUCACAACGGCACGCAGACGCGCUUCAGAAAAAUUACGUGUACGGGGGGACACAGCGAUUGGACGAUUUACUGGAACGAAUUCGGUGGCAAAAACAUGACUUGGCCAAUAGAGUCGACAAAUUACGUGGGAAAAAGAAUUUGGUAGUGUUUUAUACCCGUCAGUUGGAAUAUGCGAAGAGCAAACUGAACAAAAGAAUAGAGGAACAGCAGAUUGGUAUCUCCCAGGAAAGGAAACAAUGGGAGGAAGAAUGGAAAACCGAGCUCGAAAAGAAACAAAAGGAGCACGACUUGGAAGUAAAACAAUUAAUGGAAAAAUUAUUGGAGGAAGCAAGGCGGUUCAAAGAACUGGAGGGGAGAGUGAGGGAAAUACAGUUGGAAGAGAAAAAAUGUGAACACGAUGGGGAGUUGGAACAAUUGAAGGAAGAGAUAAGAACAGGCAAUCAGGAAAGAGAAAGCCUAGAAUGGAAGAUAAAAAGAGGAGAGNNUUGCUGGAAAAGGAAAAACGGAGACAGAGGAACUGGGAAGACGGGUAGAAAACCACUUGAACAGUUAGAAGCCAAAGCAAAGUCUGAGUGUGCGGAGAUGAGAAAGGAAUUGGAAAAGAAAGUUUCUGAGUUACAGAAACACCAAAACAAAGAGAGGGAACUACAAAACGAACUGAGAGUGUUAAAAGAGGAAAGGAAGAGAACGGAAAAUGAAACUUUAAGAAACCACACUGUACAGAUCGAACAGCUGGAAGCGAAGGCCAGACUAAAGAAUGAGGAACAAGAAAGAGUAAUGAAGGAAGAACGAAUGAGACAGGAGAAAGAAAUCAGUCAGUUGAAAGAAAUGACGAGAUUGCAGAAGGAGGAACAAGAAAGACAGUGGAAUAGAAAACUGAAAGAGUAUGAAUUUGAAACUGAACGACAAAAGGAAAAAAAUAGGUUUGAAUACGAGGAGAAAGUAAAGGAGCAAGGAAUGAAGCAGGAAGGAGAAAUCAGGAGAUUGAAGGACACAACGAGAUUGGAGAGGGAAGAACGAGAGGAACAAUGGAAUAGAAAACAAAAAGAACAUGAAUCUGAGGUUGACCAAUUGAAAGAAAAGCUGAGGCUGGAGUACGAGGAGAUAGACAAAGAACAGCGAAUGAAACACAAACAGGAGAUUAACCAAAUGAAGAAAACCAUGAAACUGGAGAAGGAAGGACAGGAGAGGAAACGAGGAAGA